GGUGCGCUGAGUGCUGGGCGCCACGUGCCUGCGUGUGUCCUGUCCCUCGCGGGAGCUGGAAAACAACGCUGUCAGCCAGAGGGAUUCCCGGGCACCGGGGCGUUAAGAACUAGUGCUCCGCAGCUGAGGGAAGACCCAGCGCAGCGCAGCUGGGGUGAAGAGGUCCCAGUUCUAACCUUGAAGCUCCGCUCUGCGAAUCCUGAGUUCAGCCUUUGGAACUUUGCCCAGGUUUGCACGCAUUUGCUACCUCCAAUAUCCCUGUCUCCUUCAGACCAAGGCUGGGUCAAGAUGGCGUCUGUGUUUCGAAGUGAGGAGAUGUGUUUGUCGCAACUGUUUCUCCAGGUGGAGGCUGCAUAUUGCUGUGUUGCUGAGCUGGGAGAGCUUGGACUGGUUCAGUUCAAAGAUUUAAAUGUGAAUGUGAACAGCUUCCAAAGGAAGUUCGUGAAUGAGGUCAGAAGGUGCGAGUCCAUGGAGAGGAUCCUCCGUUUCCUGGAAGAUGAGAUAAAAAAUGAGGUGGAGGUUCAGCUGCUGGAGAAGUCCCCACCGACGCCCCUCCCACGGGAAAUGAUCACCCUGGAGACUGUUCUAGAAAAACUGGAAGGAGAGUUACAAGAAGCCAACCAGAACCAUCAGGCAUUGAAGAAAAGCUUCCUAGAACUAACUGAACUCAAAUAUCUCCUGAAGAAAACCCAGGACUUUUUUGAGACGGAAACCAACUUGCCGGAUGAUUUCUUCACUGAAGACACUUCGGGCCUCCUGGAGUUGAGAGCCAUGCCGGCGUACAUGAGCGGGAAGCUGGGGUUCACCGCCGGCGUGAUAAAUAGGGAGAGGAUGGCUUCCUUUGAGAGGCUGCUGUGGCGAGUUUGCCGGGGAAACAUCUACCUGAAGUUCAGUGAGAUGGACGUGGUCCUGGAGGAUCCUGUCACGAAAGAAGAAAUUAAAAAGAACAUGUUCAUCAUCUUUUAUCAGGGAGAGCAGCUCAGACAGAAGAUCAAGAAGAUCUGUGAGGGGUUUCGAGCCACCAUAUACCCCUGCCCAGAGCCUGCGGCGGAGCGCAGAGAGAUGCUGGCUGGUGUCAACCUGAGGCUGGAGGAUUUAGUCACUGUUAUAACACAGACAGAGUCUCACCGGCAGAGACUCCUGCAAGAAGCAGCUGCCAGCUGGCACUCCUGGGUCAUCAAGGUGCAGAAGAUGAAGGCCAUUUACCACAUCCUGAACAUGUGCAACAUCGACGUCACCCAGCAGUGCGUCAUCGCCGAGAUCUGGUUCCCGGUGGCAGACACCGGGCGCAUCAAGAAGGCGUUGGGGCAAGGCAUGGAACUAAGUGGCUCCUCCAUGGCUCCCAUCUUGACAGCAGUGCAAUCUAAGACAGCUCCUCCCACGUUUAACAGGACCAAUAAAUUCACAGCCGGCUUCCAGAAUAUUGUAGAUGCCUAUGGUGUGGGCAAUUACCGGGAGAUGAACCCAGCUCCCUACACCAUCAUCACCUUCCCCUUCCUGUUCGCGGUGAUGUUUGGAGACUGUGGCCACGGGACUGUGAUGCUACUGGCAGCCCUUUGGAUGGUCCUCAACGAGAGGCACUUGCUCGCCCAGAAGACAGACAAUGAGAUCUGGAACACCUUCUUCCACGGGCGCUAUCUCAUCCUCCUCAUGGGCAUCUUUUCCAUCUACACGGGCUUCAUUUACAACGACUGCUUCUCCAAGGCUUUCAACAUCUUUGGCUCUUCUUGGAGCGUCCGACCCAUGUUUAGAAAUGGCACGUGGAGUAUGGAAACGGUGGAAGCGAACCCACUUUUGCAGCUGAAUCCCGCCAUUACAGGAGUGUACUCUGGAAACCCAUACCCCUUUGGGAUCGAUCCGAUUUGGAACUUGGCUUCCAACAAGCUGACCUUCUUGAACUCCUAUAAAAUGAAGAUGUCGGUGAUCCUGGGAAUUGUCCAGAUGACUUUUGGCGUCAUUCUCAGCCUUUUCAACCACAUAUACUUCAGAAAAACGCUCAACAUCCUUCUACAAUUUAUUCCGGAGAUGAUUUUUAUGCUGUGUCUGUUUGGCUACCUGGUUUUCAUGAUCAUUUUCAAAUGGUGUUACUAUGACGUCCACGUGUCGCGGCAAGCCCCGAGCAUCCUCAUCCACUUCAUCAACAUGUUUAUGUUUAACUACAAUGACUCCUCGAACGCACCCCUGUACAAACAUCAGCAAGAAGUCCAAAGCUUCUUUGUUAUCAUGGCUUUGAUUUCCGUGCCCUGGAUGCUUCUGAUUAAGCCAUUUAUUCUCAGAGCCAAUCAUCGGAAAUCCCAGCUGCAGGCGUCCAUGAUCCAAGAACAUGCCACAGAAGACAUCGAAGGUGACAACUUGAACCCUCCCAGGAGAGCAGGUGUCCAGGGGGCCCAGGAGGACGAGGAAGAAGAGUUCAACUUUGGAGACAUAUUUGUGCAUCAGGCCAUCCACACGAUCGAGUACUGCCUGGGCUGCAUCUCAAACACGGCCUCGUACCUCCGGCUCUGGGCCCUCAGCCUGGCUCACGCAGAACUGUCCGAAGUGCUCUGGACCAUGGUGAUGAACGUCGGCCUUCGCGUGCGAGGCUGGGGAGGGCUCAUCGGGGUGUUCAUCAUCUUUGCCGUGUUCGCCGUCCUGACGGUGGCCAUCCUUCUGGUCAUGGAGGGGCUCUCUGCUUUCCUGCACGCCCUUCGGCUGCACUGGGUGGAGUUCCAGAAUAAGUUCUACGUUGGGGCCGGGUACAAGUUUUCUCCGUUCUCCUUUAAAAGCAUCCUGGAUGGGACAGCCGACGAGUAGCCGCAGGUCCCGUGGCUGACACCCCUCUCUGUCAGUCUUGUCUUGAACAUCAGCCCGCGCAAGACGGUUGAUGGAACGAUUGUCCUCAGCUGACCAUGUAUUAUUUAGUCACAAGCCUUGGGAUUUGUUAGGACUUCACCAUGUCAUAGAGGAACUAUGUUGGCAAGUCAUCCCAACCGCAUAUGGAGACCUAAUUGCUAAAUCCUAAAAUGAUAGAGGAAUUGAGGGGGAGGGUUGCUACACUGAUGUUUUCUUGCAAUAUUUUAGGUAUUAUAUUUAAGAAAAUAAAGUCCUAGGGCCAUUUACUUUUCUUUAAGAUGUUUAUAUUCAAAAUUAUUCCAUAGAAUUUAUUUAUUUAUUGGGUUUUUUUUUUUCAGCAUUAAAAAAAAAACAAACUCCAUAGAAUUUAGUGUUGAUAAUUUUAGGGCAAAGUUAAACAAUAGAGUUACACAAGCUAUUCCCAAAGGAUUAUGUUUAUUUGAUUCCUUCAUUUCCUGCUUCCUCAAACACCCUUUUUCUUUGUCUGAGGCUAAGCUUUACAAUAUCAGGAACUUUCUCAUAGGUCUUCUCUCUGGGUGAGUUAGAGCAGAUGAUGUUCUGUGUUUGAUGGGGGGCUGGCCCCCAGGAGGCCCUCUGUGUUGUUAAGUCCUAUGGAACGAAGUGCGACAACAUGACAUCAUCAGCAACUCCGGUUACUCGGAAGGCACGUUACACCGUAGUAACAGAAGGAUUUGUCGGCUCGGAUAAUUUCUGGAAAAGGGCGAGCCAGAAAGGACACUGCUGGAUGGCCUGCCUGCCACUCGCUGGGCCAGUCGGCCUGGCGACUCCUGGACUGGUGGACUCCAAUGGGCCAUGGGUAGAAUAAGAUGGUUCCAAAUAGACACACAGAGUAAUAGAACAGAAGUGACAAGGAGUCAAAUGCGUACAGUAGAGAAAGAAAAGCCCCUUCAAUAAAUGCUGCUGGGAAAGUUGGAAAGCCUCAUGAAGAGAGUGAAACCAGACCGCUAUCCGACACCGUAUAUGACGAUGAACUCAAAACGGACUAUGGACUGGAAUGAAAGGCCUGAACCAGUGGAAUGCAUAGAAGAAAACAUAGGUACUAAACUUGUGGGCCUUGAUCUUACAGGAAUUUUUGUGAACUUGACCCCAAAGGCCAGGGAAAAAAAAGCAAAAAUAAAUGAGUGGGACUACAUCGAACUAAAAAGCGUCUGCACAGCAAAAGAGACCAUCAACAAAACAAAAAGUCAACCAACCAAAUGGGAGAGGAUAUUUGUAAACAAUAUCUUCGGUAAGAGGCUAAUAUCCAAAAUGUAUAAAAAUCUCAUGUGACUCAACAACAACAAGAACAAGAAAUAAUCCAAUUAAAAACUGGGCUGAGGACAUGAACAGAUGCUUCACCCAAGAAGACAUACAGAUGGCCAACAGAUAAAGGAAAAGAUGAUCAACAUCACUAGUUAUAAGGGAAAUGCAAAUCAAAACCACAAUGAGAUACCAGCUCAUACCUGUUAGAAUGGCUAUCAUCAGAAAGGCAAGAAAUGUGUUGGUGAGGAUGUGGAGAAAAGGGACCCCUCAUGCGUUGCUGGUGGGAAUGGAAACUGGUGAAGCUCUGUGGAAAACAGUAUGGACUUUCCCCCUAAAAUUAAGACCAGAGCUACCAUAUGAUCCAGCAACCCCUCAUCUGGGUAUCUACCCCCAAAAUUUGAAAGCAUAUAUUCACAAAGAUAAAUGCACCCCUAUGUUCAUGGCAGCAUUAUUCACGGUGGCCAAGACAUGGAAACAACAGAAGGGUCCUGCAGGGGGUGAGGGGUAAAGAAGAUGUGGUCCAUAUACACAAUAGAGUACUGCUCAGCCAUUAAAAAAAAUGAUGGAAUACUGCCAUUUUGACAACAUGGUUGAUCUGGAGAGUGUCAUGCUAAGUGAAAUAAAUCAGACAGGAAAGAACAAGAACCACAUGAUUUCAUUCAUGUGGGAUAUAAAAUAGAAAGCAACAAAUGAACAAACUCAUGGACACAAACAACAGCAUGAUGGUGA